AGUGUGGCACCGGCGUCGAGGAGCGAGGCGCUAUCCCUGAGAUAACAGUCAAGAUCCGGGCGUGUGUAUAUAUAAGACCAGACAUCGCUAGAUAGCAGACCUUUCGAUACCGCGUUGGCAGCUGAAGUGCGUUAACUCCACGGCGCUUGUGUGGGACAUAGGACCAUGACGCCCGUGGCUGUGACCGACACGCCCAUGGACCUGUCGAUGAAGACCCGCCGCAAGCUCCGCCUGGAGGAGUUCCUCCGUCAGAACCUGGACCAGGCCCCCGCCAGACGGGUCAUCCAGUGGGUGGACCGCGAGAUGGGCAUCUUCAGGAUUCUGUGGACUCAUCAGAGCUCUGGUGCCUUCACUCAAGAGGAUGCUGCACUCUUUCGCUACUGGGCUCUUGCUCGAGGUAAACCUGCGAGCGUGUCCUCGGUCGAGCUCAAACAGAGCCUAAGGAUGGCGCUCAACAAGUCUCCUUCGGUCGAGAGACUCUCGGCCUCUCACGAUGAAUACCGUUACUUCAAGUUCACAGAAUGGGGAAGUCGAGGCUCCGCAGGCGGACACAAGAGCUACAAGGCCCCAGAAGGUGCCGGGAGAAAGGGAUCUCCGAACACCAAGCCUCCGCCGCCUCUCGUUCCAAUCAGCGGGCGUACGGAGGAGUCUCCUGGCUUCGGAGGUCGGCCCUUAGACAAUCCCCAUCUACCGAAGAACGAAGGAUUCGAAGUUGCCGCUUCCAACGAAUCUCACUUGAGUCUUCCGACGAUUUUCCCGUGUGCUUCGCCUGUGUUCUCCUGGCCGGGUGGAGAACAUCGCCUGGGAGGUGGAAUGGGAGAUCAUAUCCUUGGAGAACAGAUUGGAAGGCGGCCGAGGGAACAGCUGCGAGAAGGUCAUCCGAUGAAUCAACUGAUCACGACAGAUCAGUAUGGUAGAGGAAGUCUACAUACAGAGUACUCGAUGCGUGGCAACCUUCUUAAAAAGGAGCUACUUAGGCAGCAGCUGACUUCAGAAAAGGUGCAAAGGGCUCACUCAGCGGGAGACCACAUGUUCGGAGAUCGCUCAGUAGAUCACACGUUCAGAGAUCGCUCAAUGGAAGAGCUGAUGUUCGGAGAUCGCUCAGUAGGAUAUCGUUCAAUAGAAGAUCACGUGUUCGGAGAUCGUUCAGUGUAUCACACGUUCAGAGAUCGCUCAGUGGGAGAUGGCAUGUUCGGAGAUCGCUCAGUGGGAGAUGGCAUGUUCGUAGAUCGCUCAGUGGAUCACAUGUUUGAAAACCACAGAGUUUACCCGCCAAAAACCAGCCCGCCUCAGGCCUGUAUAGAGACUACAGAGUCAUACCAACUGGUGCCUUCCAGCAAGGAUUAUCAUCAUCAUAGACUUGAGUGUGAAAGUUGUUUAAGCUUGUACAGUGAUGGUGGAAGCUUUCCAAAACAACCUCCCAACUAUGACUACAGAUCUAUAGGAACUAAGAUGGUUUAUCACAGUUGUAAUAACAGCUCUGUUCCACUGAUUAACGAUUUUCAUGACUUUAAAAACCAUUAUUUUGACUUAUCUUUCAAUUAAAUCAUUAGGAUUUGAAAAAUAUGUAUUGUUUGUUUGAAUUGUAAUUUAAGGAUACAAUCUCUUGUGCUCAUCAAGUGCAGUAGGGUGGAACAUCUGUCUUCCGACUAUUAGUAGUUCAAUAGUGACUUUUUCAAUUGUUUUUCUAAUCAUAUUUACAUUUAAAAAUCAUUUUUGAAGACAUCAUCUUAUUAUAUUACCUUUGCGAGGUAUGGAUGACAUAAAAUAUAAUUAAUUAAAUGCCAUAAUGGAGAUGUAAUAGUGGAAGAUUUAAACAAAUAGUAUUUUUGAUUGGGAAAAAAAUUCACUAUUUAUAUUCAUUUAGCUGUUAAGGUUACCAACGAGACUGAACGCACUUUAUUGGUGCUGUUAUGUCCGUUUCUAUGACAUGGGUGUUUACAUUCAAAUUAUUGACGCAUAACAAAGAGUUACGUUUGUCAAUGUCUAAUUCUAUGUCUGUUGGCAUUUGUCCUAAUGACUAAACAAAUUUUAUAUUUCAUUUUUUGUAAUUAAAGUGAUACUUUUUCU